CGAUCCGUACUCGCUUUUCCGUCUAAAAACUCUCACCUGGACGUGUUUUCGAAGCUGAACCCAGCAGCCGGAGUUUGCAGGACAUUCGACAGCGCCAUCUCGGACCCAACCCGGUUCUGGUUCUGGCCUGCUUGUGGUGCGCGUUUGGCGUCACGCCUCCGAAAUCCCUUUCGGUUUUGACCUGAAAAUGGAGGAUUCGCGGAUCCAAGGAGUGAGCACCGGGACCACUCUCCUGGCAGCCACCUUCGACGGAGGUGUCGUGAUCGGCUCGGAUUCCAGAGCAUCCAUCGGAGGGGAAUAUGUGUCAGCGAAGACCAUAAACAAGGUGAUCCAGGUUCACGACCGGAUCUUCUGCUGCAUGUCGGGCUCGCUAGCUGAUGCUCAAGCUGUAACCAAGGCAGCCAAGUACCAGCUUGCCUUCCACAGCGUCCAGAUGGAGCGCCCCCCUCUGGUGAUCGCCGCUGCGACGGUGAUGAGGGAGCUGUGCUACAACAACAAAGAGGAGCUGCAGGCUGGUUUCAUUACAGCAGGGUGGGACAGGAAGGAUGGAGCACAGGUGUAUGCCGUGGCCAUCGGAGGGAUGCUGGUCAGGCAGACGGUUAUGGUGGCUGGCUCCGGCAGCACCUACAUUUAUGGCUAUAUUGAUGCCAAAUACAAGCCAAACAUGAGCAGAGAUGAGUGUCUGCAGUUCGCCACCAAUGCUCUGGCUCUUGCCAUGGGUCGGGAUAACGUCAGCGGAGGCGUGGCUCACCUGGCUGUCAUCACAGAAGCAGGGGUGGAGCAUGUGGUCGUGCCUGGCAACAAACUGCCAAAGUUCCACGACGACUGACGGCGAGCAGGAAGCGGCUCAGACAGGUUUAUCUGGAACGUUGCCACUUCUGAGGCGGAGAUAAUCUCCAACAGGGAAAUGAUUUAUAAUAAAAAAUAUGACGUGUA